UAUAGAACUCCCGAACCAAUACACAACACCUUCUAUUCCCUUUCAGCUUUCUGGUUUCCUCUUGAAUCAUUUCCUUUCCUGUCACUGCCAUAUAAAUGGCGACUACAGGCAAAGAGAUCCUCCCCGAGGAGGGGAAGCGCAAUAUCCUCAUCACCAGUGCCCUCCCAUACGUGAACAAUGUGCCGCAUCUGGGGAAUAUCAUUGGCAGUGUGCUCUCAGCAGAUGUGUUCUCAAGAUACUGCAAAUCGCGGGGUUACCCCACGCUCUUCAUCUGCGGCACCGACGAGUACGGGACGGCCACCGAAACCAAAGCCAUCGAAGACGGCGUGACGCCGCAGGAGCUCUGCGACAAAUAUCACAAGAUCCACGCCGAUGUCUAUCAGUGGUUUCAGAUCGGGUUCGACAAGUUCGGACGGACUCCGACCACGCAGCAGACAGAGAUCGCGCAGGAAAUGUUCCUGAAACUGCUCAAGAACGAGUACCUCGAAGAGCGGACAACGACGCAGCCGUACUGUGAGAAGCACGAUGCCUUCCUGGCGGAUAGGUAUGUCGAGGGGGAGUGUCCGAAUUGCGCGUAUCCGGACGCAAGGGGGGAUCAGUGUGAUAAAUGUGGGCGGUUACUCGACCCAUUUGACCUGAAGAAUCCGAGGUGUAAACUGGAUGGUGCGUCUCCCAUUAAGAAAGACACGAAGCAUGUAUAUAUCUUGCUGGACAAGCUGCAACCGCAGAUCGAAGAGUGGGCAAGGAAAACGUUCAAAGACGGCGGGUGGUCGACAAACGGGAUCAACAUUACCGAAACAUGGUUCAAGGAAGGACUGAGACCGCGAGGAAUUACUCGAGAUCUGCGAUGGGGAACUCCAGUACCACUCGACGGAUAUGGCAAGAAGGUGCUGUACGUCUGGUUCGAUGCGACCAUCGGCUACGUCUCGAUAACCGCCAACUACACCUCCCAGUGGAAGAAAUGGUGGCACGACCCGAGCGUCCAGCUCUACCAAUUCAUGGGCAAGGACAACGUCCCCUUCCACUCCGUCAUCUUCCCCGGCUCCCAACUGGGCACCGGCGACGUCUGGACCAUGCCACACCACAUCUCCACGACCGAAUAUCUGCAGUACGAGAAGGGCAAGUUCUCCAAGUCCCGCAACAUCGGCGUCUUCGGCAACAACGCCAAGGACACCGGCAUCCCGCCCGAUGUUUGGCGCUACUACCUCCUCUCCCACCGCCCGGAGUCCGGCGACAGCGAGUUCGAAUGGGAGGCCUUCAUCGAUAGCAACAACAACGACCUGCUCAAGAACCUCGGCAACCUCGUCAACCGCAUCAUCAAAUUCGUCGCCUCCAAGGUCUACGACUCCGUCGUGCCCGCGUGGGAGCUCGACCCGUCCUUCAGCCUCAUCCAGCCGCACAUCGACGCCACCAACGCAUUGCUGCAAGAAUACGUCGCCCAGCUGGAGGCGGUGAAGCUCAAAGCUGGUUUGACCACCGCCAUGCACGUCUCCGCGCUCGGGAACAAACUUCUGCAAGACCACCUCCUCAAUAACGCCCUCGCCGAGUCCCAACCCGCCCUCUGCGCCGCCGUCGUCAACGUCGCCCUCAACCACGUGCACCUCCUCGCCGCACUCAUCGAGCCCUACAUGCCUGGCACCGCCGCGUCCAUCAACACGCAACUCAACCUCCCCCCCCUUGGCAUCCCGACCCACUGGUCCCCCGCCAUCUUCCAGAUCAAAGCGGGCCACAAGCUCGGCAGCCCAGGAUACCUGUUCACCCAGAUUAAGACGGAGAAGGCGAAGGAGUGGCGGGAGCAGUACGGCGGAGACGAGCAGAAGAAGGCAAGGGAGGAGGCGGAGGCGAAGAAGCGGGUGAAGAAGGCGGAGAAGGAGCGGAAGAAGGCGCAGAAGAAGGGGAAGUCAGUGGGGAAGGGGGAUGGGAAGGGGGAGUCGGUGGAGGCGGCGGAGAAGGGAGGGCAUGAGCAUGCGACGGAUGCGGUGGAGGAGGUGAGGGAGGGAGUGGGGCAGGUGACAUUGCAGACGAGUUAGAUGGAGGGUUAGGAUGUGGUUAUGGAUUUUCUUCGGCUCGGAUGGAUUGGCAUCUCUUUCGGCACGGGGAUUCGGAGUUGAGACCUGUAGGACGAGCAUUUCGUAAAAGCGCAACCCUGAACGUAUUAUACUAGAGACCUUCAACGCCAUCGGAUAGACCAGAUGGCUUUAACAUGAAGGUCAAAAUCGACAAAUGUUCCAAUGGUGGCGGGCAAUGGAUUCAAAAGUCCAAGUAAAUGAAUGAUAUUGUUUUGGACGUCCCAAAAGCAACAAU